ACUGUUUACACAACGUACAUACUGUUUACACAACUUACAAAUGGUUAACACAACACUGAACUUACACACAACUUACACACUGUUCACACAAUUUAAACAAUGUUUUCAAAACUUAACAAAUCUUACACACUGGUUACACAACUUGCAGAACACAGACAGACAGACAGACAGACAGACAGACAGACAGACAGAUAGAUAGAUAGAUAGAUAGAUAGAUAGAUAGAUAGAGAGAGAUAGAGAGAUAGAGAGAUAAUCACAGUGGCUCUUCAGCCUGUUUUAAACGUAACCUGUAAACUAGGAACCAAAAGUUAGCAGGAACAGAAUUAGCCGGAAGACAUUUGACGAUGCACCGGCGCUCUGCACUUCCUGGGGCAGAGUUUUCCCUUUUGUUUUGGAUCAGCUCGAUCUCUCGGUGUGUCUCCGCGGGGCUCUGCGGUUUCUCCCCCACACCGCCGCAGCAUGUGCGCUCUUCAUGCCACCUUUAUUACCUUCUAUAGAGCUCCAUGAGCGGCUUUACAGCGCUGUCAAUCAUAUAAAAGUGCGCUUUAUUAGCUAGUCGUUCGGCUAGGAUUAGCAUCAUCAGAGAUGGGGGGAUAUUUAGAUAUUUACUUGGGUGUCUGAUUGUAUUUAUCCGUCGUGGACUGGGUGGUUAGUUUCUCUCCUGUUUCUCCGAGACUCGGCUGUCUGAACGGGUAGGAUUUAUUAAUUACUAACACACACCCCACCGCUAAUCAACUAACCAGCUAAAGAUUGCAUAGAUCUACUGUGUGUUAGAGUGACGUGUCCAUUAGCCAAUCGUUGUGCAGGAGAUGGAACAGUUCAGCCAGUCGUAUCGCCAAGGGGGCGGGGUUUGUGCCGAAUUAACGUAGAGACGAUGUAAACCGAACCGCUGCAUCAUAACAACAACCACAUGAUUCCUCAAAAAUAUCCGGGCGAGCAAAUCAGAGAGACUGUGUGUGUGUGUGUGUGUGUGUGUGUGUGUGUGUGUGUCAUUUACUGAAAAAAAAAGAACAAAAUAAUUGGAUUUUAAGCAUCAAUUAGUUUUAGCAGGAACCGGUCCUGAUCUUCCCAAUGGGCGAGGAGAAGCCGGAGACGCUGGAUUUCGUGAAGGACUUUCAGGAGUAUCUGAGUCAACAAACCCAACAUGUCAACAUGAUCUCAGGCUCCGUCAGUGGUGUGAAGGACACCGAGGACGUCCCAGCAGAACUGGGACAUAAUGGACUGGACCACCCCCCAGUGGACAUUUCUCUGGAGGAUGGGUCCAACAUGCUGGUGGACGGUUUCGAGAGGACGUACGAUGGGAAGCUGAAGUGCCGUUACUGUAACUAUGCCACCAGAGGAACGGCGCGGCUCAUAGAGCACAUCCGCAUCCAUACAGGUGAAAAGCCUCAUCGUUGUCAUCUUUGUCCCUUUGCGUCGGCAUAUGAGCGCCACCUGGAGGCUCACAUGCGCUCUCACACGGGCGAGAAACCGUAUAAAUGCGAGCUGUGCGCGUUCCGCUGCAGCGACCGCAGCAACCUGUCGCAUCACCGCCGCAGACGCCACAAAAUUCUUCCGACCAAAGGCACCCGGUCGACCCCUCCUUCCCACCGCCGAUCGAUCUCAGCGCUGUCCAAACGGGGCGGGGCUUUCGGGUACGGCCGCCGCAUCCUAGUCGACUUGGGCCUGCACAGGAAAAACGACACGGACGACAACGGCGGCGCAAACGACGAGAGGAGCGACCUGCCCGCUCCCUACGUCAGCUUGGCUGCCAAAGACCUGGAGAAAACGAACGAUUUGGAACACAACCCGCUCAAUCAGCUCUCCGCUUUGGCCGGGCAGCUUUCCAGUCUCCCGUCGGAGACUCCGGCUUCUCCGAGCGCCGACUCGCUCCCCGAAGAAAAACCCUCUUUCCUCAUACAACCCUCGGCCGCUAUUUCCGGCAGCGUCUCCUGUCCCAUCGUGACUCUCACAUCCACGCCAGACAAUCGUGACGCUGCCCACGGGGGGCAGUGCAGCGACCGGACAAGCACGCCCAGUAACAGCGGCACAAAUAGCCAGCCGGGGACACCGAACCCGGGCCACGAGCCACAGCUGCUCCAGCACUGCCCCCACUGCCACAUCUAUUUCCCAGAUAAUGUCCUCUACACCAUACACAUGGGUUGCCACGGAUAUGAAAACCCCUUCCAGUGUAACAUUUGUGGUCACAGGUGCAGGAACAGGUACGACUUCGCCUGCCACUUUGCCCGAGGACAGCACAAGCAGUAAAUCUCUGGACAAGACCGGAGUUUAUUUGUUCAGCGUUACUGUAGUAGUUUUACACAUUCAGUGUACUCGAUUUGAUGAGACUCGCUCCAUAUAUGUUUUUAAAACAUAGUGGCUGGGAUGAAGCGGCCCUGACCAUCCAGACGAUCCGAAACAGGAAGUGUGGUUUUUUUUUUUCUCCCUCAUUUACCUUUAUAAACGAAGGCUCAGAACGUCUUCACAAAAGCAGUGUAAUGAGCGUGCCAGUUUUACAUUGUGACUGUUACUGCAAUGCAUAAAUUCCCGAUGCACCCACCACCAGGUUUCACUUUAACGUUCCUGUUUAGGAAUAUAAUUGUCCAGGAUUGUGUUUUGUCAAAAAAAAAAAAAAACUCCAGGGGGCAGCAGGAAAAAGACUGAGGGAUCAGGACAGGACUGGUUGUGGUUCUAUUGCCUGUUUGAUCCUCCACUCAAGAUGCCAGGAUGUAGAAACUGAAAAAGGAGCAGAUAAAAAGUAUACGCUAAAUAAUUUAUAACUCGUUUUUUUUUUCUUUCUUUUCUAUUUUUCCUGUUUCUGAGAAGUUAAACGUGAAAGUUUUAUGUAUUUUGUGUAGAAUUCCUUUUCAGUGUGGCAGCUACUGGAUACCCAUGCCUCCCUGAACUAGCUCACGAAGAGAACCGAGACUAAGUAUUGAACAAGACGUGUGUUAUGAUAUUCAGGAUGUAUGAUUUAUCGUUUCCUGCAGACGAUGGUAGGGAAGUACGAUAUGGUGAUAUCGUAUGGCGUAAUAAAAGUUGCAGUGAUUAAUCGCGGUGUGAAAAUAUAUCGGCACUUGGUUAGUAUUGAAUGGACAUUUCUUGGUGGUGCUGUAAAACCCGGACAGUUUUUGAAGAGACAGUUCGACAAAAUGUCCACAGUGUCUGCUUUAACCAAAGAUCUAGUCAGUCAUUCGGUGGAAAGCAGUGGCUCAGUGGAUCAGGCAGAAGCUUGUUAGGUCAAACCCCAGCACCACUGAUGUUGGGUUUAUCCCUCCAAUGUCACAUUGUGUAAAGUAAUAAUCAGCCAAUGAGAUGUUUGAUGUCUGAAGUUUUUGAUUCAGUGGAGCUACACGGCUCCAGAUAUCCAACGCAGGCCAUGCUAAUCUGUUGCUAAUGUGGUUUCUCCAACUUGAAUGAUUUUCUGAAAGUCCUACACCCACGUCUAGAGGUCAACCGAUAUGGGUUUUUCUCUGGCCAGUGCCGAUGUUUAGAAAUCAGGGCAGACAAUAUUUGAUAUUUGAUAUUUUUGGCCGUAGUGUUUGGCUGAUUUUCUUUUCUACUCCAACUUAUAAAAAGUGGUACAGAAAAUUGCUUAAAUUAAACAUUUAUUGAACAACACAAGCCUCUCCAAUCAGUGCACUUGUCAGCAGGUUUUGGUACCCGAGCCGACCUGUAGCGUAAACUGCAGCUGUUUGAAGGCUCACUAACAAUACAGUUCCAGAUGUUAUUCUCCGUCUCGCUCCAAAAUCCAUGGUCCGUGAGGAAGUUCAUGCUGUUGAUGUUCGAGGGGUCAUGACUAUUUUAGCUGCAAAAGGGGACCAACACAUCAAGAUCAAUUUCAGAGGUCAUAAUGCUAGGUCUGAUCAGUGGUCAUAAUGCUAGGUCUGAUCAGUGAGAUAAAGUGAGAUUAAGAAAGAAGGAUAAGAACUUAAAGCCCAGGACCCACCAGGCUGACGGUUGUUGGCUUGUUUUUGAGCAUCAGUUGGCUUUAGUUUUUGCUGGGUUCUGCACCGUCUGCUCUAGUCGGACGUCGUCAGCUGUUUUCGUCCAAUUCCGCAUGUCCAAUCGGUGGCGGAGCUCAUCAGCGAACUCGGAUUGGCUAAUCAUCUUAGCGAAUGAGCACACGAAAUGGAACUGAUGAAAGCAAACAAUGACUGAGUAAAGAGGGAACACGCAGACACUUCUCAUUCUUCUUCAUUCUUUGUCUUCAUUCUCUCGUCUUUGCAACUUUAAAUGCUACAUGCAUCCGUUAAUGAUGAUUGCGGAAGGUGAAAACGCUGCUCGCUACAUAUAUUCACAGUUCUAGCUCUGUUUGGAUGUCGAAUACAGAUUACUGCCACCUGCUGGUAUUGGAGAGUUCUGUUCUCUCAUGCCAGCACAGAACCCACUUCUGGUGCCUCAGAAAAUGUUGCCUGUUGGUCAGCUGGUUUGCACUUAUGAGGACAUCGAGGUUGUUCUUCAGUCUGACAGGCAUAAUGGUGUUGAAGCCAGUCUUCUGACGCAACCUACAAUGGUGGCUCCCCAAACCAUCAAUUGUUGUUACACACAUUUCAGGUGGUACAGAAUAGUGUUGUUUUAAAAGGCUAAUUUAAAAAAAGAGUCACAAGGAUUGGUUCUUCUGCCCAGUCCCACUUUAACACAUGGAUCUGGUGCCUCACACACACUUUGGCCAGUUAGUCAAAUCCUAAUCCCUUGUCACCAUUGGGGAAGCAACUUGACUCCCCAGUCAGAGAGAUUAAAGAACAUGGUCCUGGCAGUGAUGGAGCAUGUUGAUCAGAUCUCCCUCCACACUCGUUUGUUCUGUAUGAGUUCCUGUUGUAGUGGUUCCUGUGCAAGCACCUUAAAGAUCUGAUGUAAUACGUGAGUUCUGCUGGUCUGUAGUGCAGUUUGUGCACUUCUUUCCUACAGAAGCAAACUUUUCACCAAACAAGACUUGGCUGACCGACUUCAUCUUGAAAGGACACAGUGGGUGUUAUAUUUUAGGAGAACAGUUGGUUUUAUAUUUCCAGCAGUCUGCUUCAGGGGUUUAACCUUGAGCUUGCUUUGAAUCCGUGCUAAAUUUAGGUAAAUGGUGCCUGAAACGAUUUCGUAUAGCGUUCAAUUUUAUAAGUUUUUUUUAAAGUGAAGUUUGGCCUUCCUGCGGAUUGUGUAGAUUUAGAAGCAGUUAUUAAAAAGCCCCAGAAGAUUCGUGAACAACCAAUAGGUGUUUUUUAUUCUAUCUAGUUGUUAAUAAUUUUAACAAAUAUUUUUGAGGUCCUCACUUUUACGGUACCCGUAGUCCUGCGGAACAUUUCAUCACAGCUAAUCAUCAUCAUCAUCGAGAUGGUGCCCAAGCUGCUAUUCGAUUUGCCUUUUAAUGCACUGCACCCAUGGCCACUUCCUUUCACUUCAGUCCUUUUAGAUACAGCUGCAAUAAUGAAACACUUUUGUGUUUUGGAGGGUUUUAUUAUCAUAACGACUUGGUGGGGUCCGGUUGCAUACCAUAACUUGCUAAGUAUGUGUUCAUGGUUGCUAUAGACACGACACCGAUCAGUUUUACAUGUCAAGUCAAAAGUUAUUAUUCGUAUUUAGUCUUAAACGCUAAACUCACUACUCAUGAAUAUAAAGUGAUUGUCAACCAGCCAAUCAGGAUAGAGAACGCUGGGACUCGACCACAAGGAUUUAAUUUCCAUCCAGGGCUAACAGCGCAACCUGUCCACUAUCAGAUAUAACCGUUUGUCAAAUUUUUAUAAUGUUUUCCUCUGUUGAACGCCAUCGGACCAUUGCUAGCAUCUCCUUGCUAACCUGGAUUGAAGCAUCUACACCAUUUCAGCACCUAAAUCUAAAGUAUUUCAGUAUAAAUAUGUAACAGUAUGUUUACUGUUUCUCACGGUGGAUUUUUCCUUUAAACGAUAACGUAGCGCCACGCCCUUUUAUCUUUUUUUCUUUUUUUUUUUGUACGUCCAAAUUAGCCAGAAAGUCUUUGGAAACCAUAGCAACAGGUGGUAAAAAAGAUCAGAGUGAUUUAAAGGUGAAAAAGUAUGAACGUUACCUUGUGAAGAAACCAAUAUUAUCCUGUUAGCUUAGGGUCAAAUUUGCAUUAGCAUUAGCGCUAAUUAAUCCGAUCGUACCGUCUCCUGUCUCUCUCUUUCUCUUAGUAUCAUUCCUUCUUCCCUGUUUCUUCACUGCUAUACUUUCUUCUGUUUCUCUUCUCCUUAGUAAAAGUUUUCACCUUCUUUUAUUUCUGUCUCGCAAUCGCUCCCUUCUUUCUAUAUCUGCCACUCUCUUUUUUUUCCCUCUUCUAACGAUCACAAUAUAAUCGAAGGCAUCGCUGUGGGACGUCACAGCCCUGAGUGUUUUAAUCCUCUUCUGCCAUAGCAAUUUGCCAAGAAUGACAACUCAUUUUAUUUAUUAAAGUAUGUAAUACUUUUUUUUUUUAAUCCAUUUAUAGGUGCAUUUAUUGUGGAGGAACACAUGCAAACCAACUUUCAGUCAUGUAAUGACUGUGACAGGCCUUAUUAUUUUUUUUUCCAUUUCUACAAUGUUAAUUGUUUCCUGUUAUAUUCGUGUGCUCUUAUAACACGUCGCACUUAAUUUCAUUUCUUACGAAACCUCUAAUCUGAACGAUGAUGUAUUGAAACUGCUCUUCUGGUGAACUCGGUGUUCAGUGUCAUUAAAUUAAAAUGGUGUCCCGUG